ACAGUAACUGAGAAUGCCAUGUGAGGUAUUUCUUUCUUUCGAAUUGGCAACACUUUAAUGUACAUAAAGCUACUUACCGAAGCAGUGCAAGAUGACCCAAAGCGCAGUCACCUUUUUUCUUACAGCUUUCAUGAUGCUGUGGACAACCGUUUUUCCCCAUGUGUACCUGGAAAUUUAUCCACAAGAUAACCCUUUAAGAUUUACAGUAGGAUCAGACUUCAAAGUUCAAUGUCUGCUUUUAGAAAAUGACAGUGUUCGUGUUAACUCUACUGUUUCUGAAACUGAAUGGCGCAGUCCACACGGAGAGGCUGUUUCAUAUAACUUAAACAGCUAUCUUCAUCCUCCUUCCCACACAAAACAUGUGUAUGAGAUUGUUACAAGUGAGCAAAAUGGUGAUGACGAAAAAACUAUGGGAGUACAGUUUUGA